GCUGGUUAGAUCUCUUGUUUAAAAUAGUUAUUCUCAUCAAUCUUGUGAUCCUCAGCUACUAAACCAGUAGUCAUGUCCUUUUAACUGAGAAACCACACAAUUUCAAGAACUACUAGUUUACAUUUUAUUCUACUUAACUCUAUGGUUAAACAAAAAUUCACCUGCUUCGAACCUGAUUGAUCUUGUCAUACCUUUUAACCCUUCUCUUCUUCAUCCUCUAACUGCAUCAGUAUUACUAUUUUCUCUCCUAUAUGUUCAAUUCUUUUUCGAUUCUUAAACGUAGUUUUUCGAUCAAAUGGUGAGGCCUCCAUGUUGUGACAAGAUGAAUGUGAAGAAAGGAAUUUGGACUGCAGAGGAAGAUGCAAAGAUACUUGCAUAUGUUUCCAAGCAUGGAACAGGAAACUGGACUUCUGUCCCAAAAAAAGCAGGGCUUAGGAGAUGUGGCAAGAGUUGCAGACUUAGGUGGACUAAUUACUUGAGGCCUGAUCUCAGGCAUGAAAGCUUCACACCUGAAGAAGAGGAGUUGAUCAUUCGGCUCCACGCAACGAUCGGCAGCAGGUGGUCUAUUAUAGCACAGCAACUUCCAGGGAGAACAGAUAAUGAUGUGAAGAAUUACUGGAACACUAAGCUGAAGAAGAAGCUCUCUGAAAUGGGAAUUGAUCCUGUUACACACAAGCCUAUUUCUCAAAUCCUGGCUGAUUAUGAAAACAUGGGUGGUCUCCAGAAAUCUGGAUCUCUUACAAGAGAUUUGAAAAACGCGUCGUCCCAGAAGUUCGAACAUUAUCAGCAUCAACAAGGAGGAUUUUCCAGCAUCAACAGUCAUUUUAUGACAACAACUACAUUCUCACCUGAAGAUAGUUUCUUCAACAACAGCAGCAACAAUUCUAUGGAACUUCUUGCUCAGCUUCAGGCCAUAAAGCUUGUGACUGAAGCCUCAAAUUACAGCAUCAAUGAAACCAUAACUCCACAUUGUAUAAAUGAAGGUUCAUUGUCCUCAUCUCCAUCAUCUUCUUCCUCUACUUGUUCCACUGCUGCGCAAGCAGGCUUCAGUUGGCGCGACUUUCUUCUUGAUGAUGCUUUUCUCCCAAAUGAUCUACAAGAGCCAGAAAACAUGGCUGACUGCUCAUCCAACGAUUUCAUGAGCCAAACGCAGAGUCUGAUACCGCAAAAUCAGUUCUUCAAUGAAGCUACUGGAAAAGAAAAUAUUGGAGUAAUAGGAGGAAUCGAUUUUGCAGUCCAAAACAGUGGCUUCCAAACUUCAUCAUCUUCUCAUGGUCCCUUCGUGGAUGCUAUGAUUGAGCAGGAAAAUCAGAUCUCCUCAGAAUUUCUUGACAUUCUAGAGCAACCAUUCUAGCAAAAGAGCAACCACUCAAGUACUGAGUUUCCCUGAAGUCUCUGCGUUCAGUUAUUGCAAGCAGCACUUAAGGCUGUACCAAGGCUUUUCUCAAGUCUUGCUUUUAGGUUUGUAAUAAUUUUUUUUUUUUCUAAUAAGGUUUGGAAUAGUUGGUAUUGAAUCUGAAUCACUAAAAAAUAUACUAAUUUUUUCUCAAAUAAAAGGUGUCUGGCAUAACAUUUACAUUAAAGGCUUUAGAAUGGUAUCAAAUGACCAUAGGAUAAAAUUGUGUGAUAUCAUUAUCGGUUACCCAAAAAAAGGCUAUAUUUUCGAGCGAAAAUCUGCUUUCCAGUGCACAACCAUUUAACUGCCUCGUGAUAUAUAGAAGCCAUUAAGCAAACGCAUUCUACAAGCAGAAAUUAUAGUUGACAAACACAACAGCACGCAACCAAGCCAAGAUGGAAGAAAUAAAGCAUAUGCACUAGCAUCACAAAUUUGCUAAUGAUUUUCACAACAGAAUACACAUUUACAGGAUUAUUUUUUUCUUUUGCUUGUCUUUUUGGUCACAUUCAGUAGGUAAGGUGAAACAACAUACAUUCUCACUCCCUCAUCUGCGAUCUGAAGCUCCAAAUGGCAAGCAUAUUUUGGAAUUCUAUCAACACAAUUUACUCCGAGUGUGACGUCCAGUAAAUCAGCCCACUG